AUGGUCGUGCCUCCAAGCAGCGGAGGGGCUGCUGCCGCCUCUUCAGCAAAUCGCCCGACAUUUACUGCCAGCAAUGUCACUUCCGCCAAACCCAAAUCAGCUGCUCAUACACCGAGUGCCACCAUCAACAAUGCGCCUAUGCCGUUGAGCGCAAGACGUUCAGAACCCCUCGACUUGGACAGCGUAGAGCGGAGAGGACAACCAAAUGCUGCGCCCGAAAUCACAAAGAGAAACAGACUGCACAGCAUUCCCGAGGGUCCUACCUUCCGACCCACCGAAGAGGAGUUUCGCGAUCCUAUGGCCUAUAUGCGCAAGAUCGAGCCUGAAGGUCGAAAGUACGGAAUUGCAAAGAUCAUCCCUCCCGAAGGAUGGCAGAUGCCUUUCGCCAUCGAUACAUCACGAUUUCACUUCCGUGUGCGACGUCAGGAGUUGAACUCUGUGGAAGGAGGAACUCGAGCAAAUCUGAACUAUCUGGAUCAACUAUCCAAAUUUCACAGGCAACAUGGUACUAACCUCAAUCGCUUUCCAAGCGUGGACAAACGACCAUUGGAUCUCUACAAACUCAAAAAGGCAGUAGAGGCCAGAGGUGGUUUCGAAAGAGUUUGCAAGCAGAAGAAAUGGGCCGAAAUCGGUCGUGAUCUUGGAUACAGUGGAAAGAUCAUGUCCAGCCUCUCGACUUCGCUCAAGAAUUCGUAUCAGAAAUGGUUACAACCAUACGAGGACUACCUUCGAAUCGCCAAACCUGGAGUUCAACAUCAACUGGAGCUGGAAAAUGGCGGUCCUUUCACCCCUUCCCCGGGUACCUCGCCUCUUAAGAAGGAGCAGAACAACACCCCGAAUGGUGAGAACACUCCAGCCAUGCGCGCAUCUGCUGCGCUAAACGCUUCUUUGGAUGCCGGAAUGCCCGUGGCCCAGCAAACGCCAGUAAAACCAACCUCUGCAGCCCCAGCGCCGGCUCCUAUACAAGGCUUUACACCGGUGAACGGAGGUUUCACAUCAGUCAAUCGUCCUUCAGGGUUCACACCUGUGAAUGGCCCAAACGGAGUUCACGCGACUCCGGAGAACCCACGCUCGAUGCCGCGGGCGACUAUGGACAGCCCACAGCUUCAUGAAACUACCACGCCAAACUUUGAACCAAGCAGCUCAGCAAAGCGACCGUUGACUGAUAGUGCGGAGAAAGACUCGAACGGAGAUCUGGACGCAUCUGGGAGGCGCAGCAAGAGAUUGAAGAGAGAGCCGGCGCCAACAGUAGCAGGCUCGCACAUGCAUCAACCUAGGACAUCGACCCCGAGGUUUGUUCCAGCAAGGGAACGCAGCAACUUCCCUCCAGGCGAAGCAUGUGAAACUUGUGCGAAGCCAGAAGAUCCGGGAUUACUUCUGAUAUGUGAUAGUUGCGACUGUGGAUAUCAUGGCGCAUGUCUCGAGCCUCCUGUGAAGAUGCAGCAACCCGAAAACGACUGGCACUGUCCCCGGUGUCUUGUCGGUACAGGCGAAUUUGGAUUUGAAGAAGGCGAGGUGUAUUCCCUUCGAGCGUUCCAGGAAAGAGCGAACAGAUUCAAGGAGAACCAUUUUGCGGACAAGAUGCCCUUCGAUCCUAUCCUCAACAAACGAAGGCUCGUCAACGAAGAUGACGUUGAGCGCGAGUUCUGGAGACUUGUCGAAAACAUUACCGAAACUGUCGAGGUUGAAUACGGUGCUGACAUUCACUCGACUACUCACGGAAGUGGCUUCCCUACUAUCGAAAAGCAGCCUCGCGAUCCCUACUCGACAGAUCCUUGGAACCUGAAUGUACUCCCGCUGUAUGGCGAAUCCUUGUUCAAGCACAUCAAGACAGAUAUCUCUGGCAUGACUGUUCCGUGGCUCUAUGUCGGCAUGGUCUUCUCCACUUUCUGCUGGCACAACGAGGAUCAUUACGCUUAUUCAGCUAACUAUCAACAUUUCGGAGCAACCAAGACGUGGUAUGGUGUUCCUGGAGAGGAUGCUGAGAAGUUUGAGAAUGCGAUGCGUGAAGCUGUGCCUGAACUCUUCGAGACGCAACCGGAUCUUCUGUUCCAAUUGGUGACUUUGAUGCCACCCGAGAAGCUGAAGAAAGCUGGCGUUCGCGUCUAUGCAAUUGACCAACGAGCAGGUCAAAUGGUCGUUACUUUCCCCCAAGCGUACCAUGCUGGCUUCAACCACGGGUUCAAUCUCAAUGAAGCUGUCAACUUCGCACCUGUCGACUGGGAGCCGUUCGGCGAAAGUGGUGUGCAAAGGCUUCGCGAUUAUCGUCGACAGCCGUGUUUCUCUCAUGACGAACUCCUACUCACAGCCGCUUCUCGUGAUCAAUCUAUCAACACCGCAAAGUGGCUCGCUCCCGCCCUAGAAAGAUUGUUGGACAAGGAAUUGGAAGCCCGCAAGCACUUCCUUGAGCAGCCAGAUAACGCCGAGCCGACAGAAGACACUUACCAAGGCGAAAGAUACACUGCCAAGCCCGAGGUCUUCACAGAGGACAUGGACGAGGAGGAGUAUGUCUGCAGCUUCUGCAAGUGUUACAGCUUCCUCUCGCGGUAUGUGUGCAGCAAGUCGGGUAAGGUCAUGUGUUUGCUACACGCGGGUGCUUAUGAAUGCUGCGAUUCCAAAGAAUCGGAUCGUUAUGCCAGUCCAGCUCAUGAUCACGUCCUUUCUCUUCGCAUGACGAACAAGGAGCUGAAGUCAAUGGUGCAGAAGGUGGUCGACCGAGCUAAGCUUCCGGAGGCCUGGGCACAGAAGGUUGACGAUUAUCUUGGCCAAGAGCCUCGUCCGUCACUGAAGAUUUUGCGCUCCUUGCUGAACGAGGGUGAGCGCAUCCCCUUCGACAUCCCGCAGCUUGCAGAUCUGAAGCGCUAUGUUGAGCGUUGCAACGAAUGGGUAGAAGAGGCUACCGCUUACAUUACUCGUAAGCAGCAGAACAGAGCUAAGGGGAAAUCUUCCCGCAAGAAGUCAAUGGUUGCUGAGUCAGACGAGCGCGACAAGGAGCUUCGUAACUUCGAAAACAUGCAAAAGCUUCUCGCCACCGCUGACGAGAUCCAUUUCGAUUGUCCAGAGUACAAGACCCUGCGCGAACGGGAAGCUGAUAUCAACGAUUUCAAAGCAAAAGCAGUCGCUAUCCGUAUGGGUCAACAACACCAACCUCGAUCUACUCAGGAAAUUGAGGAAGUGUUUGAAGUUGGCAAAGGCCUUAACAUCGAUCUUCCUGAGCUAGAGAACCUCGAGAAGCUUCUCAACCAUGUCAAAUGGCUCGAUGAAGCUCAUACUCGUCCAGUGCAUCUUCAGACGCUUCAGGAAGUCGACGCCUUCAUCAGCCGGGGCUUGGAGAUUGGCAUUCCCGAGACGAAUCCACACAUACUUCGCUUGCGAGACGCGAAGACGCAGGGCGAAUACUGGGAAGCCAAGGCCAAGGAGAUCAUGAGUGUCGAAAAUGUCCACUACCAGCAACUGGAUGCUCUUUCAAAGCAGGCAGCUGGCCUACCAGUCACUGCAGACACGCUCGCAAGAGUUGAUGCCAUACUCAAGAAGCAGCGUGAAGCUCAAGAAAAGAUUCUUGCCCUGUAUCAACAGAGCAAGAAUUCUGAGUUCAGAUCACGGCCAAUGUACAAGGAUGUCAGAGAUGUCAUGGCGUCUCUUGAAGAACUGAACAACAAGCCUGCUGGCACUGUCGACCUCGAGAAAGAGCAACGUCGUCACGAAGACUGGAUGCGUCGUGGUAAGAAAUUGUUCGGCAAAGCCAAUGCGCCACUACAUAUCCUGCACCAACACAUGAACUUGGUGAAAGAGAGGAACGACGCAUGCUUCGAGCUCCGUGAUAAACCGAGAAUGCCAGUCGAGCCCUCGUCAAGAGAACAUACUCCGGAGCUCGAUACCAAGAACAACUUCCCCGAUGUCUUCUGUCUCUGCCGCAGACCCGAAGCUGGCAUGAUGAUUGAAUGUGAAUUGUGUCACGAAUGGUACCAUGGAAAAUGUCUCAAAAUCGCUCGAGGCAAGGUCAAGGAAGAUGACAAGUACACUUGCCCCAUCUGUGACUGGCGCCUGAAGAUUCCUCGCGAUGCUGCUCGUCCAAAGCUUGAAGAGCUCAUUGCUUGGCAAGACGAAUUGGAGAAUUUGCCAUUCCAGCCUGAAGAGGAAGAUACUCUUACAAGCAUCAUAGAGACUGCUCAAGCCUUCAGGGACUAUAUCCGCCCAUACGUCAACCCUCUGACAGUCUCUCCGGACGAAGUGACCACACUCCGCUUCUAUCUUCGAAAGGUCGAAGGUGCCGACAUUCUUCUUGCUUACGAGACCAAUUUCCUGCGUCAAGAACUCCACAAGUCAGCACCCGUAGCUCCAGAAGCUCCGCCAGUCAUUGACUCUUCUUCUUCGACCCGCAAGCCCCGCCCUACGAAGCAGCAGAAGCUCAUGGCGUCGUUGGGUAUCACCAAUCCUGAUGAUCUUCCUCCCCAAUACAAAAUCAAGCCUCACAAGCGCAAGGGUAGUGAAGCCCAACACAAGCCACCCCAGCCGCUUCAGCCUGCUGGUUCCCCUGCCGCCCAUACUCCGUCCAGCAUCAGGCCUGGGUACCCGCAACAGACCCCGUCGUUCAGCUAUCCUUCUCAAAACCCAUCUAUGGUCAAUUCAGGUUAUCGUGAUUCACCACUGUUCGCACCCCCGUCGUUUGGUUUGCCACCGCUUCGCACUCCGGAUGAACCUUCUCAUACUGUCAAUCCAGCACAGUUCACUUCGAACAACUACACAUCUCACACAUCUCCGCCACCUCCACCAAACUUCGCUGUCUCACGAUCACCGCCACAGCAUCCUCCGAUGUUCAGCACAGGAAUGAACCUCGACCCUGCGCUCUUUACUGCUGGCGGAGCUAUGUUCGACAAACGACCCAGCUCUUCUGGCAGUCCUAGAUUGGUGCAUGCCGAAGCAAGCCCAUCUUUCAGCAGCCCACAGACCAGCAACACGAAUGCGAAUCUCGACUCUAUCUUCGCGGACAUGGUACACAACGAUGACGACCACGCUACCCUGGGUCAUGAGGGAGAGAACCUGCUUGCUGGCGAAGCUUUUGCCGCUGGCGGACACGAUCAAGACCAUCCAGAUGAGGCACACAUGGAUGAGUUUGUGAACCACGAGUAG